AUGGACCAGCCACUUCCUCUCCGUCUGUUGCGUUACUCAUUGCGAGUUGCAUAUGUCAUAGUAACUAACUUCAUGGCAAUCCCAGCAUACAUUACAUGGACAUUUCUCUUGUACCCUUUGAAGUGCCUAGCUCCUAACAUCUUCUGGACCAUUGAACCCGUCCUGUUUAAAGGCUUGCUGGCUUUUGUCACAUUCUGGGUCAGCUCAGGCGGAUAUAGAAUGAUAGAGUCAGGAGAUCAACUAGACAAGAUAUUGGAGGAAAAAGCUAUCCUCCUUGUCAAUCACCAGUCCACAUCAGAUGUGCCCGUUGUCAUGGCAAGUUUCCAACCCAAAGGCCUCGCUAUAGGACACAUGAUGUGGAUUAUGGACUAUAUCUUCAAAUUUACAAAUUUUGGAUGGAUUUCUUAUUUCCAUGGAGAUUUCUUUAUACAACAGGGUAAAGUAGGCAGGGAAGAACAACUUACACUUCUAGGAAAUCAUCUAAGUACAAUAUUUAAGAAAUCUCUCCAGAAAUGGAUAAUUUUAUUCCCAGAAGGAGGAUUUUUGAGGAAAAGACGCAAGAGAAGCCAAGAUUUUGCUAAGAAACAUGACUACCCUGUGUUACAACAUGUGACGUUACCGCGACUUGGAGCUAUACAGGUGGUCAUCAACACAUUAUGUGAGAACAAUCAUCCAGCUGCUGAAGUAAAAGAACCUACAGUGAAUCAAAAAUCAAAAUCUACAGGAAUUGAAUGGAUUGUAGAUAUGACAAUAGGCUACCCCCGAGCUGAGCCACUUGACCUCCACGGAAUGUGUAUAGGGUACUGGGCUCCACGUGAUAUCUCCGUUCACUACCGCAUCUAUCCCAUCAAAGAUGUACCCACUCACAACACCGAACUCUUCACACGUUGGCUGUAUGACCGCUACCAUGAAAAGGAAAAUUUUCUGGAACAGUUUUACUCUAAUGGUGUAAAUAUAGAAGAUGCUGACAAAGAAAACAGAAAACAGCCGCGGAUGAAGAGACAAAGUGUUGAUCUAGAUCUGAUAAGUCUGUUAUUUUUUCAUUUUUUCUAUGCAACCUCCACAUACAUCUUCUGGUGUUUUCUGUACUCACCGUUCUUUAGUUUGUUGUCCUCGUGCCUAGCCUUUGUGUUUUGAC